AUGCAAUAUCUUCCCAUACAAGCUCGGGAUGUCCAUUUUCUGGACUUAAGCAAGAGAAGUUCCGAUUCUUCCAAGAAUCACACUUGUCCCGUGGAAAAUAGAAAUGAUCCUCCCCAAGUUCCAUUUAUCGGCAACCUCAGUUUCCAUCAAUUCAUUCAAAUUCUAUCAGGAGCCUGUCUAGCUUUCUCGCUUCUCCUAUCCAUCUUUCUGAUAUUUCGCCAUGCAACACAUUAUUCUAUGCCCCGAGAACAGAAACAAAUCAUCUUUAUGAUUCCUGUAUUUGCAACCAUUUCGUUCCUCUGCAUACAUUUUGAAAAAGCGUCAGCCUAUAUUUCCCCCAUCAAUGAGUUCUAUGAGGCCUUUGCAUUUGCCGCAUUUUUCCAGCUCUUGUAUACCUAUGUACUUGAGGAAACUCAUGCGCAAUCUUUCUCUGGACAAACAUCAGAACUUCCCACAAUUCGCAAAACUGCUAUUCAGAUCUUUCAAUUCCCAGCGAUCAUGUUCAUCGUAUUCCUCAUAGAAGAGAUCUCAGAGGCAAAGGGGACAUAUUGUGAGACGGAGAUUAAGAUUUACUUCACCAGGAUAUGGUGUGUAAUUCUCCGCAUAGGCAGUACUAUCAUUGCCAUCCUGGGACUUCUCCGCUUCUACAAAUCCACAAAGUUCCUCACGGCCGCUCGCAAACCCCUCCACAAGCUCAUGGCAUUCAAAGGAAUUGUAUUUUUGAAUUUUUUGCAGUCCAUUGUCUUUGCAUUCCUUUCAUCGCGCCUUUCACCAACUAAUAAACUCACCACCCGCGAUUUAACGGCUGGAAUUCCCAACUUACUGAUUUCACUAGAGAUGGUUAUCUUCUCAAUCUUAUUUCUGAAGUUUUAUGCCGUGGGCGAGUAUGCAAAGGGAACAGAGACUUAUCAGGGAGGUUCCAUGGGAAUCAAAGCGAUUGCCGGCGCGGCGAAUUUUAUUGCUUUCAAAGGGGAGAUGGCCGGAAUGGCGAUGGGAAAAGAAAACAUAGAAAAGGGGGGAAAUGUAUCUACUUACUCUUCUUAUAAGGCCCCAUCUGUUUGA